GCCGGUGGGUCAGGGAUCGGUCUUAUCAUGGCGGUUCCGGUCGGGCAGUGACCAAGGAUUUGCUGUCCAGAGGAGCAGUGGACGUUGUGGGUGACUCCACCUAUCUGAGUGGAAUGCGAGGACGCCGGGGCGAGCGCUGAGGAGCGGCGGUGACGGGGAGGGGAUCAGUGUUGCGUCCCCGGGAGCCGAGGCUGCGGCGUCUGUUCCUUCUACUCGUCUCCAGGCUCCAGUGCGGGGCCCCGCCCGGCCGGGCUAGGCCGCCGGGCGGCGGCGGCGGUAGCUGCGGCAGCCGCCGGCUCAGCUGUUGCGGGAGGGCCGGAGCGCGGGUGGCACCGCCGCGUCUGCCGCAGCGAUGGCCCAGUGUGUUCAAUCAGUGCAGGAGCUGAUCCCGGACUCCUUCGUGCCCUGUGUCGCCGCGCUGUGCAGCGACGAAGCCGAGCGGCUCACUCGUCUCAAUCACCUGAGCUUCGCGGAGCUGCUGAAGCCUUUCUCGCGUCUCACUUCCGAGGUUCACAUGAGAGAUCCUAAUAAUCAGCUUCACAUAAUUAAAAAUUUGAAGAUAACAGUAAGCAACAUUAUCACCCAACCGCCUCAGCCUGGAGCCAUUCGGAAGCUUUUGAAUGAUGUUGUUUCUGGCAGUCAGCCUGCAGAAGGAUUAGUCGCUAAUGUGAUUACAGCAGGAGAUUAUGACCUUAACAUCAGUGCUACUACUCCAUGGUUUGAGUCCUAUAGAGAGACCUUUCUUCAGUCAAUGCCUGCCUCAGAUCAUGAAUUUCUGAACCACUAUUUAGCAUGUAUGUUGGUGGCUUCAUCUAGUGAUGCUGAACCUAUGGAACAGUUUUCAAAGUUGUCACAAGAACAGCAUCGAAUUCAGCACAAUAAUGAUUAUUCCUACCCUAAAUGGUUUAUACCAAAUACACUUAAAUAUUACGUACUUUUACAUGAUGUCAGUUCAGGAGAUGAACAGAGAGCUGAAUCAAUUUAUGAAGACAUGAAACAGAAGUACGGAACUCAGGGUUGCUAUUUACUUAAAAUUAACUCUCGAACAUCUAAUCAAGCAUCAGAUGAACAGAUACCAGAUCCUUGGAGUCAGUAUCUGCAGAAAAAUAGUAUUCAAAACCAGGAAUCAUAUGAAGAUGGCCCUUAUACUGUAACUUCACAUAAGAAUUCUGAUAGUAACUUGCUGUCAUUGGAUGGAUUAGAUAACGAAGUCAAAGUAGAUGGCUUACCAAAUAACUUUAGAGCUCACCCACUUCAGUUGGACCCAUCCAGUGACCCUUCUAACAUCAUUGAUGGUCCAGAUCAUGUAAAAUCUGCUUCAUCAUUACAUGAAACAAAGAAAGCAAAUACUGGAAUAAUUCAUGGUGCAUGUUUGACACUUACUGAUCAUGAUAGAAUUCGACAGUUUAUACAAGAGUUCACAUUUCGAGGCCUUUUACCACAUAUAGAGAAAACAAUUCGGCAAUUAAAUGAUCAGCUAAUAUCAAGAAAAGGUUUGAGUCGAUCUCUCUUUUCUGCAACUAAAAAAUGGUUUAGUGGCAAUAAAGUUCCAGAAAAGAGCAUCAAUGAGCUGAAAAACACGUCUGGAUUGCUGUAUCCACCAGAAGCACCAGAGCUUCAAAUCAGGAAGAUGGCUGACUUAUGUUUUUUGGUGCAGCAUUAUGAUUUGGCUUACAGUUGCUAUCAUACUGCAAAGAAGGAUUUUCUUAAUGACCAAGCAAUGCUUUAUGCAGCUGGUGCCUUGGAAAUGGCAGCAGUGUCAGCUUUUCUUCAACCAGGAGCACCCAGGCCAUACCCUGCUCACUAUAUGGAUACAGCAAUUCAGACGUACAGAGAUAUCUGCAAGAAUAUGGUAUUGGCUGAAAGAUGCGUAUUGCUUAGUGCUGAAAUUUUAAAAAGUCAAAGCAAGUACUCAGAAGCUGCAGCUCUCCUAAUACGGUUGACUAGUGAGGAUUCUGAUCUUCGAAGUGCACUUCUUUUGGAACAGGCAGCACAUUGCUUUAUAAACAUGAAGACUCCCAUGGUUAGAAAAUAUGCAUUUCAUAUGAUAUUGGCAGGUCAUCGGUUUAGUAAAGCAGGACAGAAGAAACAUGCUUUACGUUGCUAUUGUCAAGCCAUGCAAGUUUACAAAGGGAAAGGCUGGUCUCUUGCAGAGGAUCACAUUAACUUCACUAUUGGGCGCCAGUCCUAUACGCUUAGGCAAUUGGACAAUGCUGUGUCUGCAUUCAGGCAUAUUUUAAUCAAUGAAAGUAAACAGUCUGCUGCUCAACAGGGCACCUUCCUUAGAGAAUAUCUUUAUGUUUAUAAGAAUGUGAGUCAGCUCUCCCCAGAUGGUCCUUUACCACAACUUCCUGUACCAUACAUUAACAGUUCAGCGACACGGGUUUUCUUUGGACAUGACAGACGGCCAGCAGAUGGUGAAAAGCAAGCAGCUACUCAUGUAAGUCUUGAUCAAGAAUAUGACUCUGAAUCCUCUCAACAGUGGCGGGAACUUGAAGAGCAAGUGGUAGCUGUGGUUAACAAAGGAGUAAUUCCCUCCAAUUUCUAUCCCACACAAUAUUGUUUGAACAGCUAUUCAGAUAACUCAAGAUUUCCACUUGCUGUUGUAGAAGAACCAAUUACAGUCGAAGUGGCUUUUAGAAACCCUUUGAAGGUUCCCCUUUUGUUAACUGAUUUGUCAUUGCUCUGGAAGUUUCAUCCUGAAAAUUUCCCUGGAAAGGAUAAAGAAGAAGUUAAAGAACUAGUUACAAGUGAGCCUAAAAUGAUUGGAACAGAAGUUAUUUCAGAAUUUUUAAUUAAUUGUGAAGAAUCUAAAGUGGCAAGACUAAAGCUCUUUCCCCAUCACAUAGGGGAACUGCAUAUUCUGGGAAUUGUUUAUAAUCUUGGCACUAUUCAGGGCUCUCUGACAGUAGAUGGCAUUGGUGCUCUUCCUGGAUGUCACACAGGAAAACAUUCCUUGAGUAUGUCAGUCCGAGGGAGACAGGAUUUAGAAAUUCAAGGCCCUCGGCUUAACAACACAAAAGAAGAGAAAACAUCUAUUAAAUAUGGGCCCGAUCGACGAUUAGACCCCAUAAUCACUGAAGAAAUGCCACUCUUGGAGGUGUUUUUUAUACAUUUUCCUACAGGGCUCCUCUGUGGAGAAAUCCGAAAAGCAUAUGUAGAAUUUGUCAAUGUCAGCAAAUGCCCUCUUACUGGAUUGAAGGUUGUUUCUAAACGUCCAGAGUUCUUUACUUUCGGUGGUAAUACUGCUGUUCUAACACCACUAAGUCCCUCAGCUUCUGAAAACUGUAGUGCUUACAAGACUGUUGUGACAGAUUCUACCUCUGUGUGUACAGCACUCAUAUCAUCAGCUUCUUCUGUAGACUUUGACAUUGGCAUAGGAAGUCAGCCAGAGGUGAUUCCUGUUCCCCUUCCUGAUGCUGUUCUUCUACCUGGAGCUUCAGUUCAGCUACCAAUGUGGUUACGUGGGCCAGAUGAAGAAGGUGUCCAUGAAAUUAACUUUUUGUUUUACUAUGAAAGUGUCAAAAGGCAGCCUAAAAUACGGCACAGAAUAUUAAGACACACUGCAGUUAUUUGUACCAGCCGAUCUUUGAAUGUACGAGCCACUGUCUGCAGAAGUAAUUCUCUUGAUGAAGAAGGCAAAGGAGGCAAUAUGCUAGUCUUUGUGGAUGUGGAGAAUACCAAUACUAGUGAAGCAGGUGUUAAGGAAUUCCAUAUAGUACAAGUAUCAAGUAGCAGCAAACACUGGAAAUUAUAUAAAUCUGUAAAUCUCUCAGAAAACAAAGACGCCAAACUUGCCAGUAGGGAGAAAGGAAAGUUUUGCUUCAAGGCAAUAAGAUGUAAGGAAAAAGAAGCUAAUAUGCAGUCCUCAGAAAAGUAUACUUUUGCAGAUAUCAUCUUUGGAAAUGAACAGAUAAUAAGUUCAGCAAGUCCAUGUGCAGACUUCUUUUAUCGAAGUUUAUCCUCGGACUUGAAAAAACCACAAGUUCAGUUGUCUAUGCACCCAGAAAAACGAUCAGCAGAGGAUGCUGUGAGACUGAUUCAAAAGUGCAGUGAGGUGGAUCUGAAUAUUAUCAUAUUAUGGAAGGCAUAUGUCGUGGAAGACAGUAAGCAGCUUAUUUUGGAAGGUCAACAUCAUGUUAUUCUUCAUGUUAUAGGAAAAGAAGCCUUUUCACAGCCUCAGAAACAGGAGCCACCAGAAAUGGAACUAUUAAAAUUUUUCAGACCAGAAAACACUACGGUUUCCUCAAGGCCAUCAGUAGAGCAGCUUUCUAAUCUCAUUAAAAUGAGUCUUCACUACCCAGAAUCAUUUAACCAUCCAUUUCAUCAAAAAAGCCUUUGUUUAGUACCAGUUACCCUUUUACUUUCCAACUGUUCUCAGGCUGAUGUAGAUGUAAUAGUUGAUCUUCGGCAUAAAACAACAAGUCCAGAAGCAUUGGAAAUCCAUGGAUCAUUCACAUGGCUUGGACAAACACAGUAUAAACUUCAGCUUAAAGGCCAGGAGAUCCACAGUUUGCAGCUGAAAGCAUGCUUUGUUCAUACAGGUGUUUAUAAUCUUGGAACUCCUAGGAUAUUUGCCAAAUUGUCGGACCAAGUUACAGUGUUUGAAACAAGUCAGCAGAACUCCAUGCCUGCCCUGAUCAUCAUCAAUAAUGUGUGACAGCUUGCAAGUUUGUACUGAAAUCCACAAGAAUCAGUUUAAUUUUGCUGAAUGGGUUUUACAGCAGUAUUUGAAAUACCUAACAUUAUGGAGGUUGGGGUCUGAUCACUGCAGAAUUCUUUGACUUGCCAUUUUGUUGAUGAUGCAAAGCACAUUGGACUGGGAAUACUUACGUUCUUUUUUUGUUUGUUUUUGUUUUCAUAUUUCUUUAAACCCUGGUAAUAAUUUACAUGCUCAUAAUACAGAAUUUCAACAUACCCAUGUACCUCAUUAAGUCCCGUCUUAAAAAGCAGUGUCUAAGUCUACUGUUACAACUUAUCAAUGGUAUACAAAUAUUAGGAGAUGAUUUUGAGGAAGGAAAGGCCUUGUUGGCAGUACUCCUGUUAAGCCAUUAGUUUAUAAAUUCCAGCUUUACUGUGAAAUUCUAUAGAGUGUUAAAUACAAAUUUUUCCAUGUUCACAAAAUUCUCUAAAAUCUGUUUUGAACUUUGGUUAUAGAGUCUUCAAGUUUCAGUAUCUGAUUGUCCCUAUGGCUUAUACAUAACUUUGUAAAAAGAAAAAAAUUUUUUCUGAUGCUUUGAAUAUAGUUUUGAAAGGAGUUUGACUUUUUUCCCCCUCAUUCAUCUCAGUAUAGAGUGCGCUAUUUCACAAUAUGAGAUUUUUGUCAUUAAAAUUAUCAUAUUCUUAUUAUAUAACUUUAACAAUUGAGUUGAUCUGUUUAAAUGAUAAAUCUACUCAAGUUAAUUAAAAAUAAGCUUUUCAAAAUGUAUUAUAUUUAUAACAAAUGUACUGUAAAUAGAAUAAAGACAUGCUAUUCACUGUAUAGAUUUAUAAGAUGCCUUGCCUUUUUUAAAACCUGAAUUUCUGAGAACUUAAUAUAUUCUCUAUUUAAAAUAAGUGGCAACCAUAUUAUUAUAGCAGAUACCAGCCCAAUUUGCUGAGAAAGCUUUAUUAUCAGAACUGAAAGUAUAGUCUUUGUUCUUUUUAUUUUUAAAAUACUAUAUUUAUUUGAGAGGCAGAGAGAGACAGACAAAGAGCUCUCAUUCACUGGUUCAUUCUUCAGAUGCCUCCAACUGCUAGGCCAGGCAGAGCUGAAGCUGGUUGGGAAUUCAGUCACAUUUUGUACGUGAAUGGCAGGAGCUCAAAUUACUUGAGGCAUCACUACUCCCUAUCAGAAUCUGCAUUAGCAGGAAGCUGGAGUUGGAAGCUAGAGGUGGAUUAUCAAACCCAGCUACUUCACAGUGGGACAUGAGCACCUUAAUCAGCUGCACAACUCCUCCAAGUUUUUGGUCUUAAAAGCUCUUUAUGGCCUUGUUUUACAUAAGGAAACAAAUUUUGUCUUUAAAUGAACCAUAUCUGAUGCUUGGUUACAAACUCAGAUAAUCCAUUUUUAUCCUACUCAAAAAGAAGAUCAAAGCUUAUUUAAUCUGUUUUAAAUAACUACACUGCAGAUCUGAUGCUGGUUAUAGCAGAUUGGGUAAUGUGGUCCUCCUGCUAAAGAAAAGAAAGAAGUCUGAACAAAAUAUAAAAAAAUCUUCUUCCUAAAAACAAAGUGUUGCCAACAUUAUCUGUCCUUAGUGGACCAACGUCUAGAAGAAAUUCCAGAGAGGGGAGGCCAGCAUUAUUUGGGACUUCUUUACCUUCAAAGUGUUGACCUAGGAAGAAGCAGCUAAAAGGCAAGCCUUAAAAUUUGACAAGCUUUGAAGAAAAGGAAAGUUGGUUAAAAUCAUAUCAGUUGAAGCAAGGAGAAAAAAAUGAUAGAAAAUAAGCAAAAAGCUAAAAGAACUGGUUUAGUUAAGGAAAUCUUAUCUAAUAUUUGAGUCCUAAAAAGAGGAAGAGAAUAAGAUAGUAGUCGUACAGGCUACUUCAAAAAGUGGGUGGGAAAAUGAAAUUUAAAAAAAUGUUUGGUCCAAAGAAAUUUUGACGUGAAUGCAUAAGUUUUUCAUGAUACAUAUUUUCAGUGAACUUUUUGAAGACCCCUUUUAUUUAAAGAGAAUCUCUGAGAAUUUUUUUUUUUUUUUUUAAAGAUUUCUUUAUUUGAAAGAGUUACACAGAGAGAGGACAGGCAGAGAGAGAGAGAGAGAGAGGUCUUCCAUCCUAUGGUUCACUCCCCAGAUGGCCAUGGCCGCAACGGACAGAACUGUGCCGAUCCAAAUCCAGGAGCCGGGAGCUUCUUCCAGGUCUCCCACGUGGGUGCAGGGGCCCAAGGACUUGGGCCAUCUUCUACUGCUUUCCCAGGCCUUAGCAGAGAGCUGGACAGGAAGCGGAGCAGCCAGGUCUCAAACCAGCGCCCAUAUGGGAUGCCAGUGCUUUUUAGGCCAGGGCAUUAACCCACUGCGUCACCAUGCCAGCCCCUCUGAGAAUUUUCUAAAAUAGACAUCAAGUUACAAGUUCAAAAAGUUCAGUAAAUCCCAAGCAACAUAAGUAAAAAGAAACUUAUAUCCAGAUGAAUCGUCAGGUAGAAACAGCCUUGAAUCCAAAACGAUAAACUUAGGUAGCAAUACUUAAACAGAAAGCUGACUUCUUAGGAGAAACAAUGGAAGCCUGGAGACAAUGGGAUAUCUUAAGAGGAUUUCAAAGAAAAGUAAUGGCUAAGCCAGAGCACUAAACAAGAAUUCUCUUCAAUAAUGGGAGUAAAGUAAAGAUACUUUCAAAUGAAUAAAACCAGAGUUCACUUCCAGAUGGCCUAGGGUAAUGGCAACUUCUUAGUCUUUCCAUUCAUCCUCCAAAUAAGUAUACAAAUCAAUAAGCAAAUGAAACAACAUCUAACACAAGGUUUGAUCAUAACUAGAAAGAAUAUACUAACGUCAAAUGGAAAUGGAAAAUUUAACACUAACUUGUAACAGGCUUUCUACACUCUUAGUGUAAGCUUUUCCCCAAUAGAGAUUAGGAAGGCAGGAAUCUCCCAAAAUGAUGUGUCGAAAAGAGACAAAGGCACUUGAAAGGUAGGCCUGAGCAGUGUGGGAACAGCAAGGACAGUGUCUAUUCAUCUCCAGCUAACAGAAGUGCCUUUUAACAGGAGUUACCUUAUAGAUUGGCUGUGAAGGUGAAUAUAGAAUUUUUGGACCUUAUACAGCCCAAGUAGUGUUCCAGCCUAAGUCGCUUACUCAACACACAGCAUGGCAAUCGCUGACAUUGGGGUGGUGGACAAAAGUAUUUAUUACAAAACACAGAACAAGGAGCCAGAAAGUUAUCACUAAUUUCUGAAAUCCUUGGAGGGUUCCAAGUUAGGGAUCUUACUGAUUGAAGCUGGGGUUUAGAAGUGUCCAUUUCCUGUGCAGGUCUCCAUUUGGUUCUCAGUGCUUGUGACCCUGCUUUCAUUGGUCAUUGGGACCAUGUUCUUUUGAGAAUUUCGUUGAUGGCCAAAUGGGCUGCAGACAGUCUGGGGGAUAUGUGCAGGUGGUAGUUACUUUUUGCUUAAGGCCUGGGGUUUCUGGGAAACACCCUCAAGACAAGACUGAACAUCAAGGUGUUAUCUGUAAAGUAAAUAAAUAGCCCCAUAAAUCUGCUAUCCUGUGGGAGCUGGAUGGACCUAUUGCAUCAUUCUCUCAAUUUAGUGAACUAAUUUUAGUGAUAGGUUGAUUUGCAAUCAUCAAAGCAGGACAAAGAGACUUUAUGCCAAGGUAAGGAAACAGACUACCACAGGAGGCUAGGGCCUGAUAGUACCUAGUAUCUGCAUCAAAGGCACUGGGUAGGGGCUCGGUUUUACCUACCAACCUGAAAUUCCUUGAUUACAGAUUCAUGCCUAUUAAAAUGCAAAUACCUGUAGGUAUCCUAAUGCAUUCUGAUCCACCUUUAAAAUAUGUGUCAAGGAGCUGUAAGACAAAUAAGGCACAGAAACUAGCACCUACAACAGUGAUGGGAGUGCUGGUAGGAGAAGUAGGAAUGGGGAAUAGGGAGCUAAAAGAGAAAGUGAUGGGUUGCUAAAGAAAAAUGGUCCAGGGCCCGCACUAUGGUGCAGCAUGUAGAGCCACCGCCUGUAGUGCCGUCAUCCCAUGUGAACACUAAGAGGUCCUGGUUGCUCAACUUCCGAUCUAGCUCCCUGCUAAUGCACCUGGGAAAGCAGUGGGAGAUGGCCUAAGUCCUUGGGCCUCUGCAUUCACUUGGGAGACCCAGAAGAAGCUCCUGCCUUUGGCCUAGUCCAGCCCCAGCUAUUGCAACCAUCUGGGGGAGGGAACCAGCAGUUGGAAGAUUCUUUCCUCUGUUUCAAAUAAAAUCUUUAAAAAAAAGAAAAAUGGUCCAUUUCAUGGCUUGGCUUAAGCUUAACUCUGUUUAUGUUCCACUGCUUGUUUCCAGAAUCAUGGAGCUAUAGAUAGCCAUCUCUAAAGACUUUCAUGUUAGGUUUCUGCCCCAUUCAUUUCUGUUUUGUUUUUUUAAGCUAUAAUAGCUUCAAAUUGUUCUCAGUUCCUUACCUACUUGAAUUAAUUAUGUUGGCAUAUAAAUCCAAUUAAUUUAAUACCUAGUAACAAGAAGGGAUACAUUUGAGAAUUGGGUGUUCUUGGCAAAAUAAAAAAUGAGUUUUCAGGAAACCAAUGUGCAGCGUGUCAAGCCACCACCUGAGACACCAGCAUCCUAUAUUGGAAGGUGGUUCAAGUCUCAGCUACUCUUACUUCCUAUGCAGCUUCCCUACUAAUGAGACUGGGCACGAUAAGGAGAUGAAGGCUCAAGUACGUGGGUCCCAGCUGCCCAUGUGAGUGACCAGGAUGGAGUGCCUGGCACCUGGAUUCUACCUGGCCCUGCCCUGAGAGUUGCAGCCAUUGAAGAGUGAACCAACAGAUGGAAAAAUCUUUUUUAAAAACAUAUUUUUGGGGCCGGUGCUGUGAUACAACACCAGCAUCCCAUAUGGGUGCCAGUUCAAUUCCCAGCUGCUCCACUUCUGAUCCAGCUUCCUUCUAAUGUGCUUGGGAAAGCAGCAGAAGAUGGCCCACAUGCUGCCACAUGGGAAACCCGGAUGAAGCUCCUGGCUUUGGCUUGGCUCAGCCUGGCUGUUGUGGCCAUCUGGGGAGUGAACCAGCGGAUUGAAAAGAUCUCUUUCUCUGUGACUCUCCCUUUUUGUAACUCUGCCUUUCAAAUAAAAUCAGUCUUUAAAAAACAA